AUGUUGAGCAAGAUCUCGCAUUGGCUGGCCACGCGGAAUGAGGACAGAGGCGGCGCCAGCGAUGCCUUUGUGCAACAACGAUACGACGCACUGACACGACUUAAGAACGCCACACUGGCAGUGUUACGCAAAGAAAACGCAGCGGAUUUGAACGAAGCAGGCGACCAGCAACCUGUUGUCGGGCAACAGGAGGGGACACCGGUGGCGUCACUGCACCGCGAACAACGUCAGCAGCUGACGGAGCGCGAUUCUUGUGUUGGCGAACUCUGUGUGGCAUUGGAAGAAUGCUUGGUGUUGGGGCUCAAACCCCGUACUGACGAGGAGCAGCUGUGUUACUGGCAUGUGCUGUACGCCAGUACGCUCAUCGUGGACGAGCCGACGCUAGUGCAGAGUGUGCUGUCUGCAGCAUUCCUGGCGGAGGUUUGUACUGACGUAGGAAAAGCACGUUGCUGGUUGAAGAUUGCGCUAAACAACCACACUAUUGAGUCCAGUAUUAUGAUGAUCUUUUCAAUGGCUUGCGAGCACUUGAUCCGUAACAAUUACGAAGAAUGGUCGCUUGUUCGCUGCUCUGAAGGACUGGGCCUGUUUCUUGAGCUGAUCAUUGCACUCCGGGAGGUGCAUUUCGCCAUUGAAGUCAACGGCGAUCCAUUUUAUGUGUCAGAGCAAGCAGAAUCAGUGGAACCUGAGCCUAGUACUGAAAGCAACAGCGGAGAAAUGGUGUCUACAAUCACAGAUGCAGAUAUUGCUGCAGCAGUGGGGGUGUCACCUUCCAGAGCUGGGUCAUUUCUACCACCCCCAGACGCCGAACCAGUGCUAGACGAAGUUAUCCAGCUACCUUCGGCCUUCUUCCCACAUCGUCUCAAAGGUAUAAAACCGUGGCAGUACGUGUUUGGUGUCAGUCUGGCAUCCCUCUCGAAAAAUCCAUAUCACAGUCGCUACGCUCUGAUUGAUCCACUCCUAGCGCUGCCGAACAUUGUGGACGAUUGCGUUGCAAUAUUGAGAGAAAACCCAGAUACCCCACGACUGUUUCGAACGACUGUGUUGAGUAUCCGCUUGAGUCAGCUUCGAGAGACUGUGGAGACAGAGGGCUCGGUACCGAAAGAUCUGGACCCUCAAUGUGCAGGCGCCUUGCUUUUAGAUUUCCUCAAGAACCUGCCGGACGCAAUAGUGACCGAUGACAAAUACGACGCGUUCGUGGCAGCUGGUCAAUUACGCGAUGAAGACGCAAGCGUGCGCAACAUUACGUGCUUGGUAAAUGACCUGCCAGUGCAUUGCCAGAUCGUAUUGAAGAGGGUUAUCAACUUGAUGAAUUUCUUACAGCAACCGGAGCAUUGUGAGCAGAAUGGCAAGGACUCUGGCUCGUCGGCUGAGCGCUCGCGUGCUAGAACGCACUCUCAGUAUCAAGACGUGAGGUAUGCAGCAGUUGGAGCGCAAGUAGUGGAGCGGAUGAUCGAACACUACGCGACCAUUUUUCAUGACAUACGAGUGCAAGUGGUUGAUGCGCUUGAGCGCUUGGAAGCCAAGAAAGAAGCUCUUCGCAUGGUGUCUCAUCAGAUGAAGCUCCAACCCUUGAUGAACUUUUUGUCCGAUAGGCAGCAAGUGAACGAGAUUUCUCGAUUAUUUCGUGACCACUUAGAAGGAGGUGAUCUAGAUUUGAGGCAACCGACAGCUGCGACGCCACCGACUAGUGCUACUAGCAGUGGAGGGUCUUCACCCACAACCAGCGAAACGACAGAGCCGGAGCUCGUGAGCAACUGGGAGCAAUUUGGCUUUAAUAAGCCAACUAUCUUGGGGAACUUUGAGAAGGGUGGCGUAUUGAUGCUGCGAGCAGUUUUGUACUGGUUGAAGACUGAUCCAGGUGCCUUACCGCUGCUGGAGAUGCGCGCACUGCCGUCUGAGUUGCCGUCUUAUGACGCAGGACUGGUCGCGUCGUCCAUUUGCGAGUCCUUAGUGAAGCUUUUGAAGCUGUUCUUGAGCCCGAAACACCCGGAGAUCGACAUUGUAGCGAUGUCGCUGGAGCCGUUCUGGGAGUUGUUUGACGAAGACAUGUACUUCAGUAAGCUCUUCAUGUUCAUGUUCCAAGUGUUCGACCAACUUUGGAGUGAGCUGGAUCCAAAGGCAGCAUCCUUCACCCGUGUGAUUACAGAAACAGAGGGAAUAAUUUAUGAGUUACUGAAGAAAGCUCCCGUUACCGUGAACGACCUACAAGUGGAAUGGGAAGAGAUAAGAACACGUCGUCUCGAUGAGGGCGAAGAAGUUCUCGAAAUGCAAGCAGAGCUGGUCGAUGAUGACGCCUUUCGGGUUGCAGCUUUGGCUGAUCAAUCGCUACUGUCACCCCCAUUGCGCUACUCCAAGAAGAAACCCUCGUUUGAUUACAAUCCAGACGACUACAAGUCGAAGCUGAUGGACCCGUCAAGCAUACUGGAGAUUGAGCAUCUUGCGUAUAUUGACCAUGCGUUGCCGAUCACAAGCCAAUUGUGCCGAUGGUAUCGAAUUUACAGUGUCGAAGCAAAUGGAUCCUCAUUGGAGACGUUGCUGAUACUAGCGAGGAAACAGAGUCCGACGUUAUUGGUGGUCAAGGACGCCCAAGGGAAUGUGUUUGGUGGCUAUGCCUCGGAUGAAUGGCACCACGCUUUCCACUACUAUGGAACUGGCGAAUCGUUCUUGUUUUCGUUCGCGAGCCCAAGUGCUGCCGGUGGAUUUGUUAAGUACCAAUGGAGUCGAAAGAAUAGCUACUUUAUGCUGUGCUCGGACGAGUCGUUGAUAAUGGGGGGCGGCGGCAACUUUGGUUUGUUCCUGGAUAGCGAUUUAUCUCGAGGGACAAGUGGCGCGUGUGAGACGUUUAAUUCGCCUCCAUUAACCACUUCGCAGGAGUUUUCUUGCGUCCAAGUUGAACUAUGGGGCUUCACCACAGGAGACAAACCCGUAGAAAUGGGGGAGCGACACCGGAAGAGUGUGCUGGACUAG